ACGGCGACCGGCCUACGAUGAAUUGAGAUUUGAGAGCUCACUCAUCGUCAUAUACUCGGACGGGUCGGUAUCGCCGCCUGUCCUUUCGCGUGUGUUGUGUUCUCUGUGUUGUGGGGAAUCGUUGAGCCGUCGCUCGCGAGCCGCAGAUUCGGGCAUAGCCCCGCCGCCCGCGGCGAGUGUUGUUUGUGAACUCCGUUAGUUUGUUGUGCGAAGUGAUCACCUCCGAAGUGUCAGUGUGUGCUAUGUCACCUGUGACCGUGUGCGCGGUCCUCGUCGCACUGCUCUCCAUCCGAGCAGUGCGAUGCGAGGACGAGACCAUCGGGCCGAUAUUCAUGAAAGAACCUCCGAACCGAGUGGACUUCAGUAACACGACUGGUGCUGUGGUUGAGUGUGCCGCCCGAGGGUCACCACCUCCCGAUGUCAUCUGGGUCCGAGCUGAUGGUACCGCUGUUGGAGACGUCCCUGGAUUGAGACAGGUCCUUCCCAACGGGAACCUUGUAUUUCCACCUUUCAGAGCCGAGGACUACCGCCAGGAAGUACAUGCCCAAGUGUACGCUUGUCUAGCCAGGAACCCAGUCGGUACUAUCCAUUCUAGAGAUGUCAAUGUCAGAGCUGUGGUCUCUCAAUCGUAUACGGUCAACCUUUGGGAAGAAAAUGUACUACGUGGUAAUUCAGCUAUACUGAAAUGUCACAUUCCUAGUUUUGUGACAGAGUAUGUUACCAUCACGUCAUGGAUUAUAUCUGAAGGAGAUAAUGAUGAAUUAGACAUUAACAUUGAUACAUAUUUUAGUUUAGAUGGCAAAUAUUUAGUUUUACCCUCUGGAGAAUUGCAUAUUCGUGAUGUUGGACCUGAAGAUGGCUAUAAAUCAUACCAAUGUAGAACAAAGCACAGGCUUACUGGUGAAACUAGAUUAUCAGCUACAAAAGGACGACUUGUUAUUACUGAACCAACAAACAAAAUAGCUCCCCGAAGUGAUAAAAGUCGGAAGUUUGAAGGUGGCGAAAUAUUUAUAGCUUCUUUAGCCAGCUCCGUAUAUCUCACAUGUGAAGUAGCCGGGUACCCUCCCCCUGUUUAUAGAUGGUAUAAGUUCAUUGAAGGCACAGCGAGAAAGCAACCAGUUGUUCUAAAUGACAGAGUAAAACAAGUUUCCGGCACACUCAUUAUCAAAGAGGCUAAAGUGGAAGAUUCUGGGAAAUACCUUUGUGUCGUCAAUAACUCUGUUGGAGGUGAGUCCGUUGAAACUGUGCUGACUGUCACGGCACCAUUAAAGUCUACCGUGGAGCCAGCGACCCAGACUGUUGACUUCGGCAGACCAGCUGUGUUCACGUGCAGAUACGAGGGUAACCCGGUCAAGACCAUCACGUGGUUCAAGGACGGCAAGGACAUGAAUCACCACGACCCCAUCCUCAGAAUCGAAUCGGUUAAGAAAGAAGAUAAGGGAAUGUACCAAUGCUUCAUCAGAAACGACCAGGAGAGUGCCGGAGCCAGCGCUGAACUUAAACUUGGAGGUCGAUUCGAGCCCCCACAAAUCAGACACAGCUUCUCUGAACAAACUCUCCGUUCGGGCCCUCCACUGCGCCUCAAGUGCGUCGCGUCUGGCAACCCAACACCCGACAUCGUGUGGCAACUGGACGGAGACAAGUUGAACAGCGGCGAGAGGCUGCAGAUCGGACAGUUCGUCACAGCUGAUGGAAACGUCGAAUCACACCUCAAUAUUUCAUCAGUGCACACGAAUGAUGGAGGAUUGUACUCUUGUAUAGCUUCUAGCAAGGUCGGCAGUGCGUCCCACUCUUCGCGCGUCAACGUGUACGGACUGCCAUACGUGCGCCCCAUGAAGAAACGUCCGGUGGUGGCCGGAGACAUGCUCAUCGCCCACUGCCCUGUCGCUGGGUAUCCCAUCGACUCCAUCGUCUGGGAGAGAGACGGAAGAGUACUGCCAAUAAACCGCAAACAGAAAGUGUACCCCAACGGCACCCUGGUGAUCGAGAAUGUGGAACGUAUGAGCGACCAGGCCACCUACACUUGCGUCGCCAAGAACUCACAGGGGUACAGCGCCAGGGGACAACUCGAACUACAAGUCAUGGUGGAGCCAUACAUCAUACCAUUUGAAGUUGAAGAAUCUAUAUUUGCCGGGGAAUCUGUGCACAUCACGUGUCAUGUUUCAAAGGGAGAUCGGCCUUUGCAAAUAUCCUGGAGUUUUCAAGGGGUUGAAAUACCGUAUCAUAACAACUUGGGCAUAACUACCACAAAGUUAGGAGAAAAGGCCUCUGUUUUGAGUAUCCCUACAGCUAAAGGUCAACACAGUGGAAAUUAUACUUGUACGGCAAGUAACCGGGCAGGUCACACUCAUCACUCCGCUGUCGUCAACGUUCAUGUUCCGCCACGUUGGAUUUUGGAACCCACUGAUAAAGCGUUUGCUCAGGGAUCUGAUGCUAAAGUUGAAUGUAAAGCUGAUGGCUUCCCCAAGCCCCAAGUCACGUGGAAGAGGGCUGAAGGGGAGACGCCCGGCGAUUAUAAAGACCUGAAGCCAAACAAUCCAAAUGUUAAAGUAGAGGACGGAACCCUGGCUAUUACUAACAUCCAGAAAACAAAUGAAGGUUACUAUCUGUGUGAAGCUGUUAAUGGUAUUGGAUCUGGAUUGUCAGCUGUCAUAUUGAUUAGUGUACAAGCCCCACCCCAGUUCGAAAUCAAAAUGAGAAACCAGACUGCCCGCAGGAGCGAGCCGGCUGUUCUGCAGUGCCAAGCCAAAGGAGAGAAGCCUAUCGGAAUAAUUUGGAACAUGAACAACAAGAGACUCGAGCCCAAGUCUGAUCCCCGCUACACCAUCCGCGAGGAGAUCCUUCCCGGCGGAGUGGUCUCCGACCUCAGCAUCAGACGGACCGAGCGUUCUGACAGUGCCCUCUUCACCUGUGUCGCCACCAAUGCUUUCGGCUCUGAUGACACCAGCAUCAACAUGAUCAUUCAAGAGGUUCCCGAAGCGCCAUACGGUCUGAAAGUGUUAGACAAAUCAGGAAGGACUGUGCAGCUGUCUUGGGCUGCUCCAUACGAUGGUAAUUCACCAAUCAAGAAGUUCCUCAUCGAGUACAAACGGGCCAAAGGCAACUGGGAAAAAGAUAUUGACAGAGUAUUGGUACCAGGUGAUGCGACUGAAGCCGGUGUGUUCAGUUUACGACCAGCUACCGCAUACCACAUCCGUAUCGUAGCGGAGAACGAGCUCGGCACCUCAGAACCCUCGGAGACCGUGACCAUCAUAACCGCCGAGGAAGCUCCCACCGGCAUGCCCCAGGACGUGAAGGUUGACGCUUUCGACAAACACACCCUCAGAGUGACAUGGAAGCCACCACCACCCCAGGACUGGAACGGUGAACUUCAGGGAUACUAUGUUGGAUACAAACUGGCUUCAAGCAACAAGUCGUACGUUUUCGAAACAGUUGAUAUCUCCAAGGAAUCCGGCAAAGAACAUCAUCUGGACAUUCUUAAUCUGAAAACGUACACGCAGUACGCUAUCGUCGUGCAGGCGUUCAACAAGAUGGGUUCAGGCCCGGUGUCCAACGAGGUUCGCGCGUACACCGCAGAGGGCGCCCCCUCCGCCCCCCCACAGGAUGUCCUCUGUACUACGCUCACGGCUCAGACCAUCCGUGUCUCCUGGGUGUCCCCGCCCCUCGCCGCGGCCAACGGACUCAUUAAGGCAUACAAAGUUAUCUACGGACCAAGCGAGACUUGGUAUGAUGAGAAAACAAAAGACACGAAGAUCACUGCAAGCAGCGAAACCAUUCUCCAUGGCCUCCAGAAGUUUACCAAUUACUCUAUGGAAGUGUUGGCAACCACCAACGGAGGAGACGGAGUACGAUCUGCUCCCAUCCACUGCCAGACUGAACAGGACGUACCGGAAGCCCCUCGUGCCGUGAAAGCCCUAGUUAUGGGCGAGGACUCCAUCUUGGUGUCAUGGCGGCCGCCCGCGCAGCCCAAUGGCGUCGUGACGCACUACAACGUGUACACUCAGGCACAAAACGCAGAGCCACAUCCCAACAAGGUGCCAGCCUCCCAAACCAGUUACUCAGCAACUGAACUGAAAGCCGGCCGCUACGACUUCUGGGUGACUGCUUCCACCAUCAUCGGGGAGGGACAACCUUCAGCCACCGCCUCCUGCAGCCCCAGUGAUAAAGUUCCCGCAAAGAUUGCUUCAUUCGACGAAUCGUUCACGGCGACUUACAAAGAGGACGUUAAGUUGCCCUGUCUUGCUGUCGGAGUGCCCCAACCUAAUAUUUUAUGGAAGGUGAAAGGUCAUCCAUUGGAGGCUUCAGAACGAGUCCGCCAAUUGCCGGAAGGUUCACUGCAGAUCGCUGGAGUGGCGCGAGAGGACGCAGGGGAGUACUCUUGUCACGUUGAGAACCAGUUCGGAACGGACACCGUCACUCACACGCUGUCAGUCCUGGCGCCACCCUUCCCUCCGCAACUGAGCAUCGCGUCUUCAUCUGUUUCAUCUCUCACGCUGCGACUCAAGCCCCCCGUCGACGCAGACCAGUCCUCGGCCGCCGGCUACACCAUCCACUACAAACAGGAAUUCGGAGAUUGGGAAACUGUACAGAUUCCUAGCAACACUGAUACCUACACUCUGGAGAACCUCUUCUGCGGAUCCAGAUAUCAACUCUAUGUCACCGCAUAUAACGGUAUUGGUACCGGUGAAGCGUCGGAUGUGGUUAUCGCUCGUACUCGAGGCUCCAAGCCCCCUGUGCCCCGCGCUGCGGACUUCAUCGAGGUGGGCAGCUCCUCCGUCACACUCCAUCUCAAGCAGUGGCUCGACGGCGGCUGCCCCAUGAGCCACUUUGUUGUUGAGAAUAAGAAGAAGGGCGCUGCUGAAUGGAACCAAAUCUCAAACGCUGUCAAACCUGGUGGUAACUUCGUAGUUCUUGACCUGGAGCCAGCCACAUGGUACGUGCUGCGGAUCACCGCUCACAAUAACGCGGGCUUCAAUGUCGCGGAAUAUGAGUUCGCCACACUCACCAUGACCGGGGGUACGAUUGCGCCGCAACCAGGUAACGCUGAAGACAAGGAGCUGCCGCCCUGGGUGAAGGCUUGGCUGGAGCCGGAAGUGCUGGUCCCGAUUUUGGCGACCGUAGUGGUCUUCAUAGUGGGAAUGGUGGUUAUAUGUCUGACCCUGGCCAGAAGGAACGCGCCCCGUCGCCUGCGAGGUCAGAAGGAGAUGUACUAUGACGCUGUAUACAACGCAUCGCAAGCGGCUCUAGGCGGCGGCGGCGGCACGUUGGACAAGCGCGGCGGACUCCGUGACGAGCUUGGCUAUAUCGCCCCCCCCAACAGGAAACUCCCCCCCGUCCCCGGCUCUAACUACAACACGUGCGACCGCGUCAAGCGCCAGGCUGUCAUCAUGGGCGCGCACUCCACGUGGGACCCUCGUAGACACCACUACGAGAGGGUGCGGCGCCUCCGCAGGGCUGGCUCCAGUGACACCAUCUCCACAGGCAUGGAGGACGAGAUCUGCCCGUACGCCACGUUCCACCUGCUCGGGUUCCGCGAGGAGAUGGACCCCAGCAAGGCCAUCGCGUUCCCUCACCACCACCCAUCGCACGCUGGCACCUUGGCUCACCCCCACCCGCAUCCACACCACCCAGCGCACUCCAGGGCCGGAUCUCAGAGCAUGCCCCGUGCCAACAACCGCUACGCACGUAAGAACUCCCAGGGUGGCCAGAGUGCAAUCUAUUCGACCGCUCCCGAGUACGAUGACCCUGCCACCUGCGCUGAGGAAGACCAAUACCGCGCCCGCUACUCCCGGCCGAUGUACGCGUGUGGCCCCGAGUACGAUGAGCCCGCAUGUUGCCAGCCCGAGGACGAGCAGUACACCGGCGCCUACGGAACCCCGUACUCCGACCACUACGGCUCCCGACCCAGCAUUGGUACCCGCAAGUGCGGCGGAUCUCCCGAGCCUCCACCACCCCCACCCCGCAACGCUAACAACGACAACAACUGCUCCUCAUCCUUCAACGAAUCCAAGGACUCGAACGAGAUCUCCGAAGCCGAAUGCGACCAGCCCAGGAACUAUCCCGUAAGGGCCCACACCGCCAAGGAUGGCUUGCACACCGAGGAAAUGAGAAAACUUAUAGACAGACCAGAAGCAACCACCCCAAUCCCCCAGCAAACAGUCCACGGGCGGGCCGGACUCACAGCCUACGAUACUGUGGCAGUGUAACCUGUAGGUCCAUCGCCACCAUCGUAUAGCUGCGCUCUGGCGGGCCCCACGCCCGUAGAGCGCAGCUCGCACGCACACUAACAAACUUCAACAUAUUGACGGACAUUUACUCUAUUGAGAUUACUUUGAUUGUAAUUAUGACUCCCAUGAAAAUUCGCGUAUAAUUUCAAAACCCAGUAUCAGUUAAAUCAAAAUGAUCUCAAAACAACUGCGCGGAUUUAAGCCGAAUUUUUGUUCUGAAUUUGUUUAUGUGCCAGUUUUAUUUUGCUUUUGCGCAGCUCUUUACGCAUUCGCCGCAGUUGUGUCCGGCCCAAUAUUUGAAGUGUGUUCCUAUUUUUAUCCCAAUCUUGUCGUUUUAUUUUUGAUGCCUUUAGCGGUUUGGCAGUAAUUUACAAAGUUGGGUAAAUAAUUUCCCCCUCAGUAGUAAGCCGUACACGUCACAAUAGCAUGUUACCAUGUCUGACAAAAUUAUGGUUGUGGUAGGUAAAAUAAAUUGAUGUAUCUCCCUUAGGCUCGUGGCGUGAUCUCCAUCGAUUAUAAAUCCAACUUUGUAAAUAAAUAGAGCGAAAGUCAUCUUUAUUAUUUACUAUUUGUUCAGCUUAAUUUAAAGAUUGUGUUUCUGUGUGUCGGGGUUUCGGUGUUUCGCCGUUGAUUUAAAUUAAGCUCAACACGUAACAACAAUGUGAUAUUUUGUAUUUUAUCCAUUUUAUUUUAUGUGAAAUGUACUAACUAACAUUAUCGUUAUUUAUAUUUGUGUAAGCUGUCAGUUUUAUAAACAGCGCGACUUCGGGUCGUUUCGAUGCUUCCUCUACAAUGUUAUAGUUUUAGUUAUUGCUUCUUUACCAUUUGCGUUACUUUUUAAAUGUUUUUCGUUCGCAUACUUUAGAUGAGUAAGUCUAUAUUUAAGCAUAUAUACUAAUUAACCAAGUUUAGGUAUAUACUAUGUAAUCAGUAACAUAGAAAGUAAGUCAUUCAAUCAUUAGCCAAUCGGAUAUCUAACUAUUGGAAUCCAUUUUUCAUAACUACCCUCAUAUUACGAUGUCAAUACGUUUGAAUUUCUGAAACAGUAAUCGUUACCUUAAGGUGCAUUUUUAUUCAUAAUAAUCUUUCUGUAGGCUAGGUCUCUAGGUGUAAGAUGUUCUUGUCAUUUCGUAGAUAUGUCUGUCUCCUGUAUGUUGUAUUGUGACAGCUUUGCUAUUUAGGCUUGUAGAUAGUUCUCGCAACUUCCUAGCAAACGAUCUCUUCUAUUAAACUUCCAUUUUAAUCAAUUUUAAUAUUAAAUUAAUAUUAUUCGAAACUAAAUUGUCGACAAAUUACGCUAAACGCUAAGCUACUAUAAGUUUUCGUGACUUUUAUUAAUUCAUAUUGCUUAUUGAAAUUCGUUUGUGGCUUCAUUUUGAACAUGAGUUCUGAGGUUGAUAUUCGCAACUAACUAUUUGUACCAAAGUGUUUUGAUUUUUAUUAAAUAAAGUACUCAAUGUCAAACUAUGAAA